AUGCCCGCCCGCCGCCGCCGCUACUCCUGCAUCCACGCCGUCCCCGAGCCCGCCCCGCGCACGCGCGCCACCCGGCCAAAGCCACUCCUCUCCGAAGCCGAGCGUAUCGCCGCGAAGGCGAAACGCGCGCAGAACAAGGUCCUCCGCGAGGCGCGCAAGCUCUGGGAGGCGGCAUUGCCCGACGCAUGGACCGAGCCGGGCAGCUCGCGGAGCGCGCCGUUCCGCCACCCGCGGGGCACACACGUGAUGUACCGCAGCGACGCGAAGAAGGCCUUCGGGCUGACGGAGCGCGAGAUCCUGACGCUCCCACACGAGACGAUCCCGUGCGCGUGGGCGGUCAAGACCUACUUCGCGCUCCGGGACAUCCGCGCGCUGCACCACCGCAAGGUCCAGGCGGACGCACAUGCCCAGCCACAGCAGGACAUGCGGCUUGUCUAUGUGAGGGUGCUCGAAAGAACGGGGACGCGCGACUGGCAGACGCAGAAGAACUACGACGUGCUGGGGGAGAUGACGCUUUUCGAAUACGACCGGAGGUAUUCACCGGAGGGGGUCGCAAAGAGGAAGCGGGAGGAUGCGGAGAGGAAGGCAGUCGACGCAUGA